AUGGAUGUAACUGGCACACCUUGGGUGACUGAAAGCACACUGCAGAAUAAAAGUGACUGGGAAGACUUUUAUAGACAAUGGAACAUGACUUCGAAGAGCUCAAAACUUCUGGAAUUCAUCAUUUCCCUGGUGGGGCUAUCAGGAAAUACUGUAGUGAUCUGGCUCCUGGCUUUCCGCAUGCAGAGGAAUGCUUUUUCAGUCUAUAUCCUCAACUUGGCAGGAGCAGAUUUUAUCUUUCUAUCCAACCACAUGGUAUUCUCCAUAAUGAAACUUGUGGGACAUAUCAGACUAGACUCCAUGGACAUGUUCCGAGUUUAUAUUAUGACGCUUGUCUUUCCAUAUGUUGUAGGCCUGAGCCUUCUCACUGCCAUUAGCAUGGAGCGCUGCCUGUGUGUCCUAAAGCCCAUCUGGUAUCGUUGCCACCGCCCAAAACACAUGUCAUCUGUCGUGUGUGCCCUGCUCUGGACCCUGCCCCUGCUUCUGACCAUCUUGAGAGUGGAGUCGGAAGGCAUAUUUUUUGGAUUUUAUUUGCUUUGGAUAAUUGAUAUCAUCAUUGCCACAUGGCUGAUUUUCUCCUUUGUGCUUCUAUCUGGGUCCAGCCUGGUUCUGCUGACCAGAUUGCUGUGUGGCUCCCGGAAGAUGAAGCUGACCGGGCUGUAUGUGACAAUCGGGCUCACAGUGCUGGUCUUCCUCCUCUGUGGCUUGCCCUGGGGAAUCUAUCAUUUUCUCUUAUACUGGAUGUCAACUGCUCUUUUUAUGCACUGCUUCAAGCUAACUUUGGUGACAGAGGUAUUAUCCUGUGUCAACAGCUGUGCCAAUCCCAUCAUUUACUUCUUUGUUGGAUCUUAUAGGGAGCAGCAAAGACAGAAAAGAAGGAGCCUCAAGUUAAUUCUACAGACAGCUUGGCAGGAUGUUCCUGAGGAAGAUGGAAGUCAAAGCAACCCUCCUCAGGAGACCCUGGAGAUGUCAGGAAAUACUCAUUUGUCCUAA